AUGGGAGAUUUUAACGAAGUUCGGUAUGCACAUGAAAGAUUUAACUCAGAAUUUGUAGAAAGUAAUGCCGAGGCAUUCAAUCAUUUUAUCCUAUCGGCUGGAUUGACAGAGUACAAUAUGGGAGGAGGCAAUUUUACCUAUAUGUCUGAUAAUGGGCAAAAACUCAGCAAACUGGAUCGUUUUUUGGUGUGCCUAGGUUUCAUGGAAAGGUGGCCAAAUGCUUCGGUUACUGCAGUAGACAGAGGAAUGUCAGAUCAUCGCCCUAUAAUUCUAUCUACAGUUCAGUCUGACUUUGGUCAUAUACCAUUCAGGUUCUUUAACUCAUGGUUCGAGCAGCAUGGUUUUCUCGAUCACUUACUUCACAUAUGUGGUUUUUUUUCCUUUUCUGGGCCAGCAGAUCUUGCAUUAGCCAUUAAACUUCGAUGGUUAAAAAAUCGUAUAAAGUCGUGGAUGAAAGAGGUCAAGGUGAACAAGGAAGGGAUUUACGAAGGAAAGAAAAACAGGCUGGCAGUUAUCGAAAAUUUGGCUGAAGGAAGAAUGCUCUCGGAAGAUGAACUGGCCGAGAGGGUGGAGUGCAAGUUUUUUAUGGCUGAGUUCGAUCGUUUGAAACAAAUGGAUCUACGUCAAAAAUCCAGGGCUAGGUGGGCACUAGAAGGGGACGAGAACUCUUCGUUUUUUCACCAUAUUAUCAAUUCGAAUAUCAGUACGAACAGACUCAAUGGGUUGAUGAUUGACGGGAAUUGGGUGACGAAUCCGCUUUCCAUUAAAGAAUCCUUGUUUGGAUUUUUUGAGCAUCAGUUUUCCGAACCUAUGCCGAACAGACCUUCGUUUGUGUGUUCUAACUUGGCAUCCCUCUCUACCGAGGAGGCGAAUAUGUUAGAAGCACCGUUCUCAGAGGAGGAAAUAAAAGCCGCAAUUUGGGAAUGUGACGACGAUCGUGCUCCGGGGCCGGAUGGGUUUAACUUUAAGUUCAUUAAAAAGUGUUGGUCAGUACUUCGGAUUGAUUUUAUCAAACUUUUUGAUCGGUUCUAUGAGGUUGGCUCGCUUAACGAAAGUUGCACUUCUUCCUUCAUUGCCUUAAUCCCAAAGGUUAAGGAUCCAGUUAGUCCAGUGGAUUUCCGGCCUAUAAGCCUGAUAGGUGUGAUUAAUAAAGCUAUAUCCAAAGUACUUGUCAAUAGGUUGAAAGGGGUCCUGGGGAACCUAAUCUCGGAACAACAAUCGGCUUUUUUGGCUGGGAGGAAUAUUAUGGAUGGGCCACUCGUGUUGAAUGAAACUUUAAGCUGGUUAAAAAAGUACAUGAGGAGCGGUAUGUUUUUCAAAGUCGAUAUAAAGAAGGCGUACGAUUCAGUCAAUUGGGUGUUUCUCGACUCAAUGAUGCAGCAAAUGAAUUUUUCUAGCAGGUGGAGAAAAUGGGUAAUGGCUACGCUUCGCUCUGCCAAAGCCUCGGUACUAGUCAACGGGUCCCCAACCAGGGAGUUCGUAUGCACACGUGGGCUCCGUCAGGGAGAUCCCUUGUCCCCUUUUCUUUUUGUUAUGGCCAUGGAGGCUUUAUCAGGCAUCAUGAAAACUGCGGAUUCUACGGGUUUGUUCAAAGGCAUAAAAAUUACGAGAGAUGGCCCAUACUUAUCACACUUAAUCUACGCGGAUGACGUAAUGUUUGUUGGUGAGUGGUCCGAGUCGAAUAUUAAUAAUCUUCGUCGUAUGCUCAGAUGCUUCUACUUAGUUUCAGGUUUAAAAGUGAACCUUGCUAAGUGUAGCAUAUUCGGGGUCGGGGUUAGCGAGCAUAUGGUUCAAGAAAUGGCGAAUCGGUUGAAGUGCAAGCAAGGUUUGUUCCCGUUUAAACACCUCGGGCUAUUGGUCGGGGCUAAUAUGAAUCUAGCCCGGAACUGGAAAUCGGUCGUUGAUAUUUUUAAAAACAGAUUAUCGAUCUGGAAAGCAAAAACGCUUUCUUACGGGGGUAGAAUAACUCUUAUUAAGUCAGUGUUGAACUCGUUACCUACUUAUUAUUUCUCUCUCUUUAAAGCUCCGCUCAAUGUCCUGGAAUCACUGGAUAGAAUUAGAAGAGUAUUCUUUUGGGGAGGCUCGGAGGAGAAGGCUAGGAUGAAUUGGGUUGCGUGGGAAAAAACAAUUGCGCCGUUAGAAUUCGGGGGGUUGGGUUUUGGCUCUCUCAGGGAUGCAAAUUUGGCUAUGCUGGCCAAAUGGUGGUGGAGGUUUAAAACGGAAAAGAAUGGGUUGUGGCGGAGGGUAAUCUGGGCUAUCCACCAUAAUCCUAGAGCUUGGAAUGAUAUUCCGGUCAAAAGCUCAGUUGCUGGCCCAUGGAAGAGUGUCUGCAGCAUUCGUCACAUCAUGCUUAACGCAAAUAUAGACCUGAAUAUGGCUUCAUCAGCAGUAUUGUCUAACGGUAGAAAUAUUCAAUUUUGGCUGGAUAGUUGGGCCAGUCAGAUUCCAUUUUAUUUAAUGUUCCCAGACCUGUUUAAGGUUGAAACAAAUAAAACCUGUUUGGUGGCUGACCGCUUGAGUACAGGAGAAGAUGGGCAAUCCUUUAAUUGGGCUUGGCAGCGGCCUGAUCUGAAUGGGGCCGAAGAAUCUCAGCUUCAGCUAAUGUUGGGCAUUAUUGGGCCUAUGGGCCUUUCCUUGGGCAGAGACAAGUGGUCCUGGAAGUUCGAUAAAGAUGGUCAGUUUAGUGUGGCCAGCAUCAAAAAGGCCCUCGGCGUUCAUAAUAGGCAUCGCCCCGAUAGUGUUUUUUUAUGGAACAAUUGGGUCCCGAAGAAGGUUAGCAUAGUUGCUUGGAGGGCGGACUUGAACCGGUUACCGACUAAGGCUGCUCUUUUGCUCCGCAAUAUUCAGGUACAAGACCAGAUGUGUGUCCUUUGCGGUGAACAUGAAGAAUCCAGCGAGCACUUGUUCGUUUCCUGUCAUUUCGCGCAAACAGUUUGGUUAAACAUUGCUGGUUGGUGCAUGAUCCCUCCCAUUAUUGCCUUCAGCAUUAAAGACCUGUUGUCUCUUCACGAGUUCGUGGUUAGUGCGGGAUUUAGUAGGAAAAGGAAAGCUUUACACGCGGUGAUUCUUGUUGCAUUUUGGUGUAUCUGGAAACAAAGAAACGAGGUAAUAUUCAGGCAAGUAGCUCCAAACUGUACGAAACUAUUGGAUGAGAUAAAGUCGAUGGCGUACUUAUGGGUUAAGAACCGAUCAAAAAUGGUGUCCAUAACUUGGGAAGAGUGGAGUCGGUUUAGUUUCGGUGCUUAG